ACGCGACUUGCGGCAGCCAUAUUGUGAAACGUAACGACGUUUUGUGCUCAUAGCCGGAAUACAACCUUUUCCCUCAUCCGUUGUUCGGUGCUCUCGUACUAUUGCUCGCGUAUACGUAGUUGAGUGGCAGAAAGAAGUCGAUCGCGGUGUGAAAAAACUUGGAAAAUUAGGACAUUUUCGCUGUUUUUUCAGCUCCACUAUUUUGGAACUGUUUGGACUAUUGUGUGUGUUGCACAGUAAUUGUAGCAGUUUGUGAAGUUCCUUCUCACUGAAGGCGAAAUUUGGUGUAAUUUUUACAUGACGUGAAACAGCAGGGAAGCAGGAAGAAAAGCCCUCGGUAUACAGAAGGCAGAAAUUUUUGUUCCCCUCUGAAGCAGGUUUUGCGGUGGCGGACGCUCUCUUUGUCGAGUGGAAAGUUUUUCCUUUGUGGAAUUUCGGUGAAAAAUAUAGCAAAAGCAGCAAGGAAAAUAUAGUUUCGCUGGCUAGGCAGGCUAGUCGCCUUUGGGGCUUUCAGCAGUGAAAAAGACUCGAAUCGAGCGAAUCUUGUGCAUGAAGUGAUCGGGAGGAAGAAUAACGAGAGUGUCACAGCGGAAGUUUCCAACUGAGUCCAAGAGGAACAAACAAAUAGAAGCGCUCCUUUCAAGGAAGACGCACAAAAGCUUGCUAGGAUUUUGUGCCUCUGGUUUGUGUCGUGUUUUGCUAAAAAAAAUUGACAGUGCUCACUGUUGCGCGAAGGGUUCGCCUCUUGUUGAUUUUUGGGACAGAUAGUUUUUUUUCACUGUUGACACCAAGAAGCCGGAAGAAUACCGCAUCCACCAAUGUCAACCGUGUCAGAGCAGCGAAUGAAAGGACAAGGAAAUCACGGUUAUGGUUAUGGCUCGCAGCAGACGACAUCAUCGGGUGUACAGUUCCAAUAUCCUCCGUUCAGUGGCGUAGGAGAGACGAAUGCUUGGUCGAAUGGAAGUGAAAGUAUAGCUAUAAUAGGUGGAAAUGAUUACAAUAACUCAUGGGGAUCACAGCAAAUGAACCACGGUCACGCUGGUGCUGGUGCCGGAGGACAUUCUCAGAGAAAGCCGUACGAUGAUUACUACCACAGGAAUCAAGGAGUCUAUCACGGUCACGAUGGAAUUAAGAAUGUUGAGCAGGGAAUGCAGGGACUCGGUCUCGGCUCGAUGCACCACGACAGAGACACCAAUCAUCACUCCUCCUCACAUAGCAGCAAUCCACUAUCCAAAUCGGAUCAACAUCACCAGCAGCAGAAGGAAGCUCCCAAAAAGAUGACCUGGGCGUCGAUUGCCUCCCAACCGGCUAAACCGCAAGUGAACACCACGAGUACAACGGUGAAAAAGAAGGGCCCUGGAAUGCCUCCGCCACCUAUGGUGCCUGGUAAACACAACAUGGACAUUGGCACCUGGGACUCGCCAUCCAAAAAUGGAAAUAGUCCGAUGGUACCAACUCCAACACCGCCGCCGAUUGUUCCUCCUCCGGUGAUCGAACCGUCCCCGCUGGCCGAUCCACCGGUUAGCAAGGCUGCAAACAGCGCGUCUGCCAUGGGAGGCCACCCUGGAGGAAGCGGCAAUCAUUAUCAUCAGCAGUCGCAGUACCCGUCACAACAAAACAUGGGACCAUCGUCAGGAGUGCAGAAUUCACGCUGGCCUACGCCUGGUCAAGCUCAGAACCCACUCCCUCAACAACCACAGCAGCAACCGCCACAUCAACAUCAACCGAAUCAAUCUGGCGGCGGUAACAGUGGAAUUAUAUCGCAGCAGCAACCUUCGCAGCGCUCGGACCAUCGCCAGUAUCAACAAGCAGCUAGUGGUGGACCACAGAGCAACAGAAAUAAUUUCUCAGGACCACCACCCGCUCUGAGUCAGGGAAGUGGUGGGCCAACAGGCUAUCAUCAGCCACCACCGUUUCAUCAUCAACAGCAGCCUUUAUCGGUGCAGCACCAGUCGCAUCCUCGCCAGAAUCAAACACCACAGUAUGGACCAACACCACAACAUCAGCAAGGUGAUCGUGGAUCGUACCAACAAUCACCCCCACAACAUCGGCAGUCUCAAGAAGAAAGAAGGCCAGGAAUGCUCAAUGGUCCUCCCAAUAAUUUUCAGGAUAACCAACAACUAUCGCAACAGCAGCAGCCACCGGUUCCACAUCAACCGCAGCAUUCUCAAUUGCAACAGCAGCAGCAGCAGCAGCAGCAGCAGCAGCAGCAGCAGCAGCAGCAGCAACAGCAACAGCAACAGCAACAGCAACAGUUGCCGUCGCAACCUCUUCAACAGUCACAAUCUCCCACGCCCGCAGUUGCGGAAUCGAACGUCGUGGAGGCAGCUCCAUCAGCUGCUGCACCUACACCCGCACCGAUUCUUAACCAUUUGCAGAACAAGAACAACUACAAUCCUCCCACAAUGGAUCUACUCGAUACGGCGCAUCUAGCUAGAUUCUUCGUCAUCAAAUCCUACUCGGAGGAUGACAUUCAUCGCAGCAUUAAGUACGAGAUUUGGUGCUCGACCGAGCAUGGUAACCAGCGGCUGGACCAAGCGUACCGUGAGCGUGAGGAGCAGGGUGGCAUGGUGUAUCUGUUUUUCUCGGUGAACGGAUCGGGUCACUUCUGUGGCAUCGCUCAGAUGAUUACGGCCGUUGACUACAACUCGAUUUCGAGCGUUUGGUCGCAGGACAAGUGGAAAGGUACCUUCAAGGUGCGCUGGAUCUACGUGAAGGACGUCCCGAAUGGGCAGCUGCGACACGUUCGACUGGAGAACAAUGAGAAUAAGCCCAUUACGAACUCGCGUGAUACGCAAGAGGUGCCCAACGCGAAAGGCAUACAGGCCCUUAAGAUCAUCCACAGCUACAAGCACACAAUGUCGAUAUUCGAUGAUUUCAUCCACUACGAAAAGCGUCAAUUGGAGGAGGACACAAAGAAGCACGAUGUACCGGUGCACCAACAGUAUAGAUCCCAGUACGGCGGUGGAUACGAAGGCUCUAAUAAGUAUAACAAUUACAACAAAUAUAAUGAUCGUGAUGGCGAAGGAGGGUAUAACUCUCGUGGAGGCUAUGGAGGCGAUGGUAGGGGAUAUCACGGAGGAGGAGGAUAUAACAAAGGUUACGGUGGUUACAACAAUCGGGGCCAGUACAACAAUCAGGACGGUGGCCGCGGAGCUUAUUCCAGUUACGAUCGGCGUAACAACAAUAGCAACAUUAGUGGCAACGGUAGUAACAGUGGGGACGACCGCGAGAACAGUUAUCCGGACCGCUCGAGAGACAGCCACGAUGGCAACAUGGGUGCCGCCGGUGGUUAUCAGCGCGGCGGUGGAGGAGGUGGUUAUGGUAGAUCAAAUCGAGACUAUUACGGGCGUGAUGACAACCGUGGUCGAAGUGACUAUCGCGAUAGCGGUAACGAUGGCUACAGGUCGCGAACUGGGGGCGAACGUGGUGGUUCGGACGCAGAAGGCGGUUCCCGAGACGCGGGCGAUCAUAGCGGUGGUGGUGGUGGUGGUUAUCGAGGCGGAUCAAGAGACCACUACAGGGACUGCAAUGACUAUCAGAGCGGUCGCGGUGGUCGGGGGCACCUCUCUGGAAGUGUUCCCGCAACAGCGGCAGGUUGUACCACUGGAAGAGGAGCAGGUAGAGCUUAUCGCAUGUCUGAACAAAAUUAAGCUGCAAUUUGUUUAAAGGAAAUGGGGAAAAAAGAAGCAGGACAACGAAGAGUUGCGAGAAAUUUGGAUAUAAAAUAUUUUAACCACCUAAUCGAUUCGUAGCUAGAAGCACGCCGCCACGCGAGGAUAGCAGACGUAAAUCUAUAUGUAUGAAAUAUUCUGAGAAAGUGAAAUUGGGAUGAAUAACCGAGAAGAUUAUUUGCUAGGAUUGAUGCGCAGGUAUGAUCGUAGGAGAGAGUUGGAGCUGCGAAUUUAAUAUAUCGAUUUAAAAAAACAAUAUUUAAUAAAUGUUAAGAAUGCUCUUAAGGAAAAAAGUAGCGUUGGUGGACAGCAUGAUAACGGCCAACGUAAAAAUCACUAUCACUUGUUGAAAUAUUAUAAAACAUAUAUAACCAAGCGACAAAGGUUGGUAAUCAAAACACUUAAACGUAAUGUUUUCUUAUUUCUUUUGAUCAAAUUAAAACGAGCAAACAGAAGACGAUAGUACGAGAGAUGUUAACAAAUUAUAAAAAUGAUCCUAAAUCAUGUUCCAUUUCCACUGUGUAUCAACGUCUGAAACGUUGGAUAUUCUGAAUGAAAAAACAAAAUGUGCUGCCGAUAGUUAAAUGGGUGCAACCUAAAUCACAGUCAUCAAGGAACAAACAAACGUGUUAGCGCGAUCAAUGAACAAUUUUUAUAUUCCCUUAUUUGGAAAGUAUUUCCGAAAGCUUUUCUGUGAGUGACUGUUGAGAGUUUGGCGAGUUGAGCGAGUUCGCCGCUGCAGAGGAUGGGGGAAGAUCAAAGACCGGAAUUUGCUCGCUAUUCCCCUGCUGGACGGUGGUGAUUGGUGAGAUGACAUUUCUUCUGCUUCGUUUUCUUCUGGGUCCAAGGUUGACUCCCGGUCGAUCUUGUCAUCGCCUCCGGCAGUGCGAGGGAAGUGCUUUCGAAGUGAUUUUGUGAUACUCAUGCGCUAGCGUUGAAAGACUGCUAAGAAGAAGAACAAAGUGAGUGCAACAAACGAGUGUAUAUUUUCGAAGAACCAAAACAAAUAACAAAAGCAACGUCGACUGAACGAAUCCUUUAAUAAAGACACUAACAAAUUGCCAAGUAUUAAGUAGUUCAAGCAAAUUUUAAACAUGUUUUUUUUUGUUUUCGUUAAGUAGAAUUCUCUGUAGUGUUGUCCGAUUGACAUGAAAACGAGAAGUAUUUUUCAUUAAUGCUGACAUAUUCAUCGUCACUGCAAGCAAAAACCAUAGCGAAGAGUUCAUUUUUUCGAGUAAAAACCAAACAAUCCCUGCUGAAAAGAAGUGUGCAACAGAGGAGGAGACAAUAUUUCUAAUCAAAGUAAUAAAAAACAAGAACGCUUUUUACAAGUGGAAACCUUUUUGUGAUACACAUGUUGGUACCGUGAUUUAGUGCGAGAAAUCCGUCGAAAGUGCAAAGUGUCGAGGUUAAAAGGACUCUCUGGGGAGUGAAGAUGCCCCAUCGUUCAGCUUGCGGUCAUUAUGGACAAAAGCAACGGCUGGAAUGGCGCAGCAGACAAACGAACAAAACUUAUGAUGAUUUUUAUUUUAUACUCAUUGUUUUGAGAAAAAGAAGAAAACGUACGCAAGAAUUGCGCUAUUAUCCAUUAAAACAAGUUCACUAUAACUAACGAAAAUAACAACUACCAAAUAAAUGGACCUUUAGCAAAAAGUAACUGUUCAAAUUUACCAGUUAGAAAAGGUGUCUUAGAAGAAAAAAAGCAGAUCUAACGAAACAAUAAAAGAUCAAUCUGUAUCGGUUGGAUAAAUACUUUCUAACGGUUCUUUUGCUGAUAUUGGAUUUAACUUCACUGCAAACGUGAGAUGGAAUGAAUAGUAUAAAUCACGAGACUCUGAGUUCAAAAUAACUUAUGAAAUAACAUUGAAGGAACAUAGUACACAGCAUAUUUGCAAAAUUAAACGUGUCUGAAUGUCCAAAACAUUGCGCAAAAAUAGUAUGGUAAAGAUUGGAUGACGUACUGAGAAAAAAAAAGAAAGUUCCAUUGGAAGGUUAUUCAUCAGUGUAACAUGCCACAAUAGCAACUAGCGAUAUAAACGGAAACGUAAAACCACUCAUUGAAAAGGAUUUGUCCUGUAUAGGCAAGAGAAUUUCGUCUCUUGAUUUUCACAGCUGUUCAACAUUUUGUGGACUACAACUAACUCUAAUCAUUGCUCUAACACAACUAUUUAGAGAGGAGGUGAACAAGUGAACGUAGAUACUAGCAAAUUUAACAAAAGAAAAUGCUAAAAUUAAAAUACAUUUAAAAUCAUUGCAUAACAAAUGAUUAUUAUUAUUUGAUUGAUCAAGACACGAUUGAUAUCUGUAACGAAACACAAAGUAUGUAAUGAUUAUAUAUAUACAAAAAGGAGAAAUUAAAUAAAGAAAAAAAAACUACAAAUAAUGAGGAAGAGAAUAGUAUGUGAGGAUAACAUAAGUAAUAUAACUAUACUUCUAUUCGAAAAUGAUUAAAGCGAUGGAACUGGGAAGCAAAGCAUAAAAACAUGAUAACAAGAUGAAAUUAUGAUGAUGAUGAUGAUGAUGAUGAUGAUGAUGAUGAUGAUGAUGAUAAUGAUGAUAACGAUGAUCACGAUGAGAGUAUGUAUAAAUAAGUAAGGACUACAAAAUCAAGAUUGAAUUUCAAUGAGGAAAAAUUAAUAAAAGGCAUAUUGAUAAUAA